AUGGGGUGCCUUGGGGCCCUCCUCUUCCUGCUUGGGGGCCUGGGAGCUCUCGCCCAGAUCUGCGAAAUAACAGAGGUGGACAGCACGCUGGUGGAGAGGCUGGGCCAGCGCCUCUUGCCUUGGAUGGACCGGCUCUCCCCGGAGCAGCUGAACCCCAGUAUCUACGUGGGCCUGCGCCUCUCCAGCCUGCAGGCUGGGGCCAAGGAGGCCCAAUACCUGCAUAGCCUCAAGCUCAGCUACCAGCAGAGCCUCCUGAGUGUUGUUAACUGGUGUUGUCCUGUGUCUGCCUCCAGCAAUGACAACAGUGACUCUGAGGCCAGGCCCUCCAUGGGCCAGCUGGCCCUCUACCUGCUCGCUCUCCGGGCUAACUGUGAGUUUGUUGAAGGCCGCAAGGGGGACAGGCUGGUCUCACAGCUGAAGCGAUUCCUGGAGGACGAGAAGGGGGCCAUUGGGCAUAAUCACCAGGGCCACCCUCACACCAGCUACUACCAGUAUGGCCUGGGCAUCCUGGCCCUGUGUGUCCACCAGAAGCGGGUCCAUGACAGCGUGGUGGGCAAGCUCCUGUAUGCUGUGGAACACGAACAGCAUCUCCAGCAGGGCCACUUCCCUGUGGACACACUGGCCAUGGCGGGCUUGGCCUUCUCCUGUCUGGAGCUAUCCAACCUCAACCCCAAUCAGAGAAACCGGAGCACUGUGGCCCUCAGGAGAGUGCAAGAGAAGAUCCUGAAGGCCCAGACCCCAGAGGGCCACUUUGGGAAUGUCUAUAGCACCCCUCUGGCACUGCAGUUGCUGAUGGCCUCCCUUAGGCCCACGGUGGAGCUGGGCACAGCAUGCCUCAAGGCCAAGGCUGCUCUGUUGGCCAGCCUACAGCACAAGGCCUUCCGGAACCCUCUCAUGAUUUCUCAGCUGCUGCCCAUCCUGAACCAGAAGAGCUAUGUGGAUCUCAUCUCUCCAGACUGUGAGGCACCAAGAGUCCUGUUGGAACCAGCUACGGAGACCCCUUCACAGACCCAAGUCCCAGAGUUCAUCCAUGUCACGCUGAAGGUCUCCAGCAUCUUUCCUUCAUACAGACACUCCGUCUCUGUCCCUGUCAGCUCCUCUUUGGAAGAUGUCCUGAAGAAGGCCCAGGAGCACAGCAGAUUCAGGUAUGGAACACAGCCCUCCUUGUCAGGCCCCUACCUGACCUCUGUGAUGGGGAAGAAAGCUGGGGAACGUGAGUUCUGGCAACUCCUCCGAGCCCCCGACACCCCCCUGCUGCAAGGUAUUGCUGACUACAGACCCAGGGAUGGAGAAACCAUUGAGCUGAGGCUGGUUGGCUGGUAG